GUCGGUGUGAAAUUAGUGAUGUACUCCUCUAUUUUAUCCGGCAAUAGUAAGCUCCCCUGAAAGCGGAAGCUAGAAAACAACAAUGGCAGAAACUGAAACAGAAUCACAUGAGAAGAUUGAUUACAUUACACCUGCUUAUGCUUGUGAUGAAAAGACAAAGGAAGGCUAUGUACGUGUUAUAGUAGCCAUUAAGAACCUUGCAAUCAGCCGGGACAUUGUGAGACAUGGGCUGAGACCCAAGAUGGUGAAAAAAGCUUCCAACGCCAAAGUGGAAGUUGUAUUUGAGAAUCAGGCUCUGUGUGUAACAGUGAAUGGCGAGAAAGAUGCCAUGAAAGGCAAGAACUUCCAGCUGAAAGUACGGAAACUGCCCCAUGAGAUCGACAGUGACAAGAGCUAUUAUAAAGCGGAUGAAGACAGAUUGCUUCUGUUCCUGUGCAAGCUGCAGAACAAGUCCUGGUACCCUGAACUUGACAAUGGCCUUGACCUUGAAGAUGAGGAGGAUUGAGAGGGAGCAACAACGUGAUUGCAAACUCCGCCUUACGUAUAGUGAAACAAACACCUAUUGGUGUGUUGUAAUUAUUCAUAUUAGUAGAUAGUGUUUCCAAAAGGCUGUUAAUCGUACAAAUUGUUUUUGUUUUUUUUCACUUUAUACAUUUGAGUUGUGUUUCAGAUAUUCAAUAAUAAUAGAUAAAAUAACAUUUAAUUUAACUUCAGAAUUCAUGUAUGCAAAAAAGAAAGAAUGUAUAUAUUUACUUAUUAUGGAAGUGAUCAAUAGUUUUCCCAUUCUGAUGUCUAAUGAUUGAAAAAGAUGUAAAUGUAAGAAAAUCAUUGACCUCAAUAAUAUAACAAGUUCUAGUGUUUUAGACACACAAAGAAGAUUGAUUUCAGGAGAAGUGCAAUUCAUGUGCAUUUAAAAGAAAAUUUAAGUUUAAAUGUUUACUGAAUCUGUACUGCAGAUUUCCUCAUUCAUGAUGUGUUUAUGCAUGUAGUGUUCAUGAUUAUUGUUAUGAUUUAUUAUUAGUUAAAUUCAUGGUUAUAAGAUGUUUCAUUUAAAUAUUCAAAUGUUUAUGUUAACUCUUUAUAGCUUAAAUAUUUAAGCAUUUUAAAAAUGUCUGAUCACAGCAUGCUCAUGGUGAGCUUUUGUAAUUGCCUUUUGUCGGGUUUUCUUUGUUUUUUCAUGUGUCGUCAACCUUUAAUGAUGUGUCAGCUUUUGUAGAAAAUGGAUCAGGUCUAUUGAAAAACAUAGCCUUCAAGGGGAAAAGCAGUUUUCCUAAUAUGGCUAUAGUUGAACCUUUUGAACACUCUAGAUAUUACUGUUGUUCAAGUUUUCUAAUUAUAACUCUGUCAAGUAUGAAAGCGGUUCCAGUGAAUUGAAAAACUUGGUUGGUUGUGAGAGAGGGGGAUCCUAAUAUGACUUUAUUGAUAAUUUGUGAACACUAGAAGUCACAUUUUUCGCCGAAUUAUAAUACUUUCUUUCUAAUGAUAUGUUGGCCCUUUUAAAAAUGCUUUGAGUCCAUUUAACAUUAUGGAGGCAGUUAAGUUGAGUACCGUUGGGUCGUUGGCCCACUCGUUAUUGUCUUUCUGCUAUUCAGCUGAAUGUUAAAUUUUGAUUGUUCUGUGAACUAGGAAGAUAAAAUAGCAUCUUGUGAAAUGCAUAACAGUGAGUUAGCAUUACUUUGGACCCACUAUGUUAUGGAAUUAUUAAUUUUUUAUCCUAUGCUGUUUAGUAAGUAAAUUUGUUAGUUAAGAAUAGAUAUUACUUUCUUUACAUGUUGUUAAAAUAUCUGUUUUUGGUAAUCAGAUGUUGCAUUGGUUAAGUUCAUUGAAGUAUCCUUCAAAAUCAGUAUUACAAACAUGUCAGGAUGUUCUUGUAGUAUUUGUUUGCGGAUGACAUAGCAGUUACCUUUACUGCUUUAGUUAAAACAAAAUUAGUUAAAACAAAAUUUUCUUAGUUUUUGUUUUUUUGACAUCAUAGUCUUCAUUAUGAAAAAUAUGUUAAAGAGUUGUUGCUGCUGCUGGUAGGUGUCUGUAACUGCUGUUUAUUGUCACAAAGUUAAGUAAAUUGUCAAUAAAUGUUGAAUAAAUAAGUCAGUAAAUAAUUAAGUUAUUAUAAGUUGUGCAAUAUCUUUUACAGCUUAUUUAUAAAGUUUGUCAGGUUUUACAUUGGGCAUUUCACUUUGUGUUUGGUUUGUAAUUCAUCUUCAUGGUUACUUAUUUCAUUAUUUUUGUAAUGUUAUGUUCAGUGUUCAACAAUACUUUUGUUGCUUUAAUUUUUAAGGCUUUGUUUUAAAAACAAUUUGCUUUUAAUUUAUAUGUCACUUAUAUGUAAUUUUAACAUAUUUGUACACAUUUUUAGUUACUGAAAUUCCUACAUACAAAUUAAGAGUGUAAUGCUGCUUAAACAUAAGUAUGCACAUUGUCUGCUGUGCAUCUUGGUGUAAUUGGGGAUUUAAUUCACUGGUUUUAAUUGUUGUUUCACAAGUGUCACUUUUUACAUGGCAAAGAUAAAAUAGCAAUAUGUAUAAGCCUUUAUUACCAUUUUCCCUGUUUCCAAGUAGGUGUCCAUACCUAAGGAAAAUUGCUGAAUUUGUGUCCUAGUGGAAACUACUACCUACAUUCUACCCUUUUUAUGUCCCUCACCACUAUAGUGGGGGACAUAUUGUUUUUGCCCGGUCUUUUGGUUUGUUGCUUUGUUUGUGUGCUUGUUUGUUUGUUUGCGCCAACUUUAACAUUUGCAAUUUCUUUUGCAAUAUUGAAGAUAGCAACUUGAUAUUUGGCAUGCAUGUGUAUCUCAUGGAGCUGCACAUUUUGAGUGGUGAAAGGUCAAGGUCAAUCUUCAAGGUCAAAGGUCAAAUAUAAAGCUUCAAAGCGGUGCAAAAGGGAACAUAGUGUUUCUGACAAACACAUAUCUUGUUGUUUAAAUGUUUGUUACAAAUGCUGUUAAAUUUAAUUGCUUGGGUUGGUAAUGACAUGUGUUGUUUACAUUCAUUUACCUUUGUACUUGAAUAAAUAUACACGGUUGUACUGAAGUUUAUUUCUAAAGGAUGCAGAAUCAGUAUUUAUAUCAUGUAUGUUGGUUGUGGAUAUAUUGUACAAUUAUACCUUUGUAUUACGAUGUAAGGCGUACAUAUAUAUUCUGUUAUAUACUUUAUGGUUUGUAGGCGUAUUGUAUAGUACUGUCAUGUAUAACUUACAUAUUUCUCAAUCCUGUACCUCUUUUACAAGGUUAUGUUGUUUCAACUUCAAACUUUAUAAAACUUACUAAUAAUUCUUGGGUUGACAAUCUGUCACUUCUUACCUAAUGAAUGAUUUUAUCUACAAAAUUGCAACAGUAUUUAUACAGCAUCACCAACGUUUUUCUUUUAGCAGACCUUAUUGCAUGAAAAUUCAUUUCUAUCAAAGGGACUAUCCUUUUAUAUAUAGUUUAUGGUAUUUGCUUUUUCUUCUCCUGUAAUAUUAUUCAGCUUUAAAACCAAACUAAAGAACUUAUAAAUAUUGACUUCAUUAAUUAUGCCCCUCUUCGAAGAUACUUCCCAUGCCCAUUGGAUUUGGAAAGUAGAUGACCCCUUUAAAAUAGGGUCAGUAGGUUAAAGAUCAAGGUCACUGUCACAAUAAGUGUGAAAAUCAUUUCCAAUCAAUAACUCGUAUACAAAUUUACUGAUUCACAUGUGCAUUCGCCUUGGACAGUAGAUGACCCCUAUUGAAAUUGGGGUUACUAGUUCAAAGCCCUAUUAAAGGGGGGGGGGGGGCAUAUGCCACCGACCGCGGACACUCUUGUCAAUUAUUGGAAACCACAUUCGACUCUGUAAGCUAUAACAUUGUGAUUUUUACAUUAUGCUGUAAUUACUAUUUUGUACAUUUUUUGUCUCUUUAAUCAAUUUGAGGCGUUUCUAUAUUAUACUUCUUUUUAUCUUUUUAUAGUCUUGUCUUUUUAUGCCCACGGAUCAAUAGAUUGGGGGUAUAUUGUUUUGGCCUGUCUGUCUGUCAUUCUGUCCCAAAACUUUAACCUUGCAGUAAAGUUUUGCAAUAACUUUUGAAAUAUUGAACAUAGCAACUUGUUAUUUGGCGUGCAUGUGUAUCUCAUGGAGCUGCACAUUUUGAGUGGUGAAAGGUCUAGGUCAUCCUUCAAGGUCAAAGGUAAAAAAUUUAAUAUAGUAAAGUUUUGCAAUAACUGUUGCAAUAUUGAACAUAGCAACUUGAUAUUUGGCAUGCAUGUGUAUCUCAUGGAGCUGCACAUUUUGAGUGGUGAAAGGUCAAGGUCAUCCUUCAAUGUCAAAGGGCAAAUUUAUGGCUUCAAAGCGGCGCAAUAGGGGUCAUUGUGUUUCUGACAAACUCAUCUCUUGUUUAUACAUGUUUUACUUAUCAUAAUUGUUCAAUGGAAUUUAUUAUUUUAUUUUAGUUGCUUUUAUGAAACCUUACAAAAAAUUCAUGUUCUGGUGCUAUUUUAUAAAUGGUUUUGUUUCUGUCUUAUUUUAGUUUUUCUAAAAUAAUAAGAUUUUAAAAUGCUUUACAAUUUUGACUUUGCUAACCAGUUUGUUAAUAGUAUGUCUAUGCAUUUCUCUGCAUGAAUUGAUACGUCAGUCUUAUCCUCCAUUUCUCAUUUGUAUUCAUGAUAUUAUUAUUCUUUAAUCUCGAAAAUGAGUUUCUUGAAAUGUGACAGUAACUGUAAAAUAAAUUUGAUAUACGA